CGUAUGGCAAGGGAGACCAGUCCACUCUUUCUUCUCUUUUGGAUAAUAUGCCGAUGCAAAUCCAUUCAUCCACUCAAUUUCCAGUUUUCCAUUCUCCUCCGUCAAACGCCCACUGCCCAUAAUCGUCGUAACAAUCAAUUAUGGCCGCUACGGCCGCCGCCAAGCUCGCUUCCGGCCUCCUUUCCUCCCCUUACACCCAACACCACCGCCGGAAACUACCACUUUUACCAUUUCAUCAUCAGUAUUGCCAACCAGGAAAGCAUGUAACUCUGGCCCUCCGGAGAAAUGGGAUAACGUGCAAGGCAGCGGAUGUGUCGUCCUCAGGCGUUUCUGAAGAUACAAGGAAUUGGAUACCGGUGGUGCCAGUAUCGGCGCUUCCGAAAGGUGAAAGGAGAGUGAUAAUACAAAAUGGAGAAGAGAUUCUCCUGUUGUGGUAUAAAGAUGAGGUGUUUGCUAUCGAGAAUAGAUCACCUGCCGAGGGUGCUUAUAGUGAAGGCUUGAUCAAUGCUAAGCUCACCCAGGAGGGGUGCAUCGUAUGCCCAGCAACUGAUAGCACAUUCGAUUUGCGAAAUGGUUCCAUCAAAGACUGGUUUCCUAAGAAUCCUGUGUUAAGAGUGCUGACACCCGCUUUAAAAAUCGUGUUUAGUGGAAAGGCUCAACCUGGUAUAACUGCUACUGAUGUCAACGUGGAUGAGGUAAGAAUGGUGGUUGAUGAAGGGUCUGGAGGAUUUGGUUUUACAAAUAAAAACGAAUUGAUAAACGGAAAAGCAGCCAUUAUUGGGUUCUUGUUGCUUUUGGAUUUUGAACUUUUGACUGGUAAAGGGAUCCUUAAGGGGACAGGCUUCUUGGAUUUUCUUUAUUCCACCAUCAAGUAAGCAUUAUUACCUAGCCAGUGUGAAAACAAACUGACAGGUAAACUUGUAAGGUAUACAUCCGUUUUGCUGUGUUUCCAACAGUUUCACAAAGUUUGUGAUUGAGUUAUAUAUGUUGGUUUGAACAUAAAUAUAAGCAAUGUACUUUAUUUUUAUUUAUUUUUUUACCUACAAGCAAGCUAUAUGGACAAGAUGUUGUGAAUCCCAAUUUUUGCAAAAAAUAGUUGUUCUUCAUGUCAUAUGUAUAAAUCACACAAAUUGGUUUGCAUAAAAGACUAAUGUCCACGGAUAGCUCAAUCUACAUUGGAAUUAAAAUCUCAUGCUACUACUGGUAAGACUUGGAAACAUUGCAGGAGUGAAAUCUUUACGACUUAUUAUGCAUUUAAAAUCCUUAUGACUAGGUAGAAAAUAUGAUAAGAGAACGUUACUUCAAAAUCAAUACAAACAAACCUGAC